AUGAGCGUCGUUUGGGCGAAGGACGUCCCAGAUGUACAAUGUCUGGGAGGUCGUGUCAACAGACCCAUUGCUGCGCCCAGAUGCACGACCGCUGUUUCCAGCAAUUCGGUGAAUCCAGUUUCUGCCGGCCAAGCUGGUUCCCCUCGCAAAGGUUGGAGUUGCCAUGAGCCCUUUGCACAUCCUUUGGCAAAGGCGCGACAUACAGAAGAGUGGCCCGAUGUGGUGGCCGUGUGUUCAGCCGGUAUGGUGCUGGUUGAGAGAGAAGCCUUUCAGCAGAAGUACAAUGCGACGUGCGACCAGUACUGCGAGAAAGGUGCUGGCCCUUCCGUCCGAACUUUGAUGUUUGGACUUCAAGGCAGAGGCAAUGGAGCCUAUCAAAGUUGCCCUGGCGACAAACCAGGUAAAGAUCAGGGUGCCCUGUGCGAGUGCAGUUUCCCAGAUCGCCUUUAG